CUUCCCUCAUUUUCCCGCGUUACGUCCUCUCACAGUCUCACCCAUUUUCGCCCCUUUUCUCCGUCUUCUUCCUCUCAGUUACUUCAAACUCAACAUUAACACUCACACUUUCUCUCUCCUCUUUUCUUCGAUUUUUCCAGAAAAAUGGAUACAAAGCCAUUCAAGGGUUCAAAUGUGUUCAUGUCCAGAAAUUUAGUACCUCCAGAAAUCUUCGAUUCACUUCACGAUGCCCUAAAACUCAACGGUGCUACUGUCUUCCUUUGCUGCGAUCCUUCUCGCAGCUCUCCCAACGAUUUUCACGUCAUCGCUUCCUCCCACCAUGAAAAAUUCGAGGAUUUGAGAGCUAAAGGAUGCAACUUAUUAGGUCCACAAUGUGUUCUUUCAUGUGCAAAAGAGAGGCGAAGCCUGCCUAAGCUAGGAUUUGUUUGUUGUCUUGCUAUGGAGGGUGUUAAAGUUCUUGCAUCUGGCUUUGGAGAAGAGGAAAAGGAGAAAAUAAGAAAUUUAGUGAUUUCUAUGAGUGGAAGCUUUCACACUAAGAUUUCAUUGGAUGUAAAUUUUAUCAUCGUGAAGAAUGUGAUGGCUAGAAAGUACAAGUGGGCUGCGAGUAAAGAGAAGAAUAUUGUCACUAUUAAUUGGUUGAACCAAUGUUGGGUUGAGCAUCGCGUUGUUCCCCUGGAGUCAUAUAGGGUCCCACCAUUCUUAGGACUGACCAUCUGUGUUACUAGAAUUCUUGCAGAUGAGCGGAAGCAAAUGGAAAAGCUUAUCAUACAAAAUGGCGGAAAGUACUCUCCUGAACUGACCAGGCUCUGCACACAUCUAAUCUGUGAAGUUCCUGAAGGUGACAAAUUCAAAGUUGCUCAGAAAUGGGGGAAUAUCAGUAUUGUUACUCGAAAAUGGUUUGAUCAGUCGAUUGCUAGAAGAGUAUGUCUCGAUGAGGAAGCCUAUCCAGCUCAGAGUGCUUCCAUGAGGAAUAAACCAAUUUCCAAGUCUUGUCAGGACAAGUGUACCAUUAAGUCACAAUCUUUCCUAUCAUCAGCAGCCACAGAUUCAUCUUUUCAAGCAGUUCCAUCUGUGUGGACAACAGAUUCUGAUUUGGAUGUUGCUCAAUCUCAGAAUGUUUCUUCUGCGUGUCAGAACGUCUCUGUCUUUACUAAGGAGGAAAAAGCUGGACCUGAUCUACCUAGUAAUGCCAAAGAUCUGGAAGGCUGUGUCGCUGAUGAUUCAGAACCUGAUGACAAUGACUUAUACCUGUCAGAUUGCAGAAUUUGCCUUGUUGGAUUUAAUUCUUCUGAUGUGCGAAAACUAGUUGGCAUUGUGCGUAAAGGCGGGGGUUCCCGAUACAUGGCAUCCAGUGAGAGAUUGACACAUAUAGUUGUUGGAGAGCCAUCAGAUGUAGAAAAACGGGAGUUAAGAGGCUUGGCUGCUCAUGGUGUCAUACGCAUUGUUAGACGAAAUUGGCUUGAAGAUUGUGAUCGUGAAAGGAGAGAGGUUCCUGUAAUUCAGAAGCAUGCUGCUUACGAUUUACUACUUUGCAAAGAUUCGAUGGGCUUGUCAGUUAAAGCACCUGGUCCUGUCGUGAGCAGCUGCAAACAAGGGGAAAGCUUAACCAUGCCUAUUAUCCCACCAACUGCUCCAACUUCAGGCACUGUAAAUUCAAUUUCUGAGAUUUCACUGGAGAAAACUGAAGAGGGCAUCUUGGAUAUCAACUGGAACAGUGGCCGUUCUGCUGAGAGAACAAAGACUUCUCCCAGAAGCGCAAAACUUUCUGCUGUAAAUGACAAACACACAAGUCAAAGGAAGAACCGGCGUAGUGAUAAAUUACGUAGUGAGAAGUCCUUGAAAGUAUUUACGGGGAAGCGUUUUUGUUUCUCACUUUCUUUCCCUGGUGACCGGAGUAUCGAAGUUGUUCAAUGGAUAAAUGAAGGUGGGGGUGAGGUAGUAGAUGAUCAGAGCAUUAUUGAUGUGGACUUCACUAUUGAAUGCCAUGGUGCGAUUAACAGACCAACCAGCACUUUACGAACUACUUAUGUGUCAAGUCACUGGGUUCGGUCUUGCUUAGAGGAUGGACGUUUGCUAGAUGUUGAUAGUCACAUACUUUAUUCUCCACUCCCCUGCCGGGUUCCUUUGCCUGGUUUUGAGGGCUUACGGUUCUGUUCAUCACAAUAUGCUGGCAAAGACCGAAUGCUUUUACGCAAUUUGUGUUUUGUCCUUGGUGCCAAGUUUGCGGAGAAACUUACCAGGAAGGUUACUCAUCUGUUAUGUCAAUUUGCCAAUGGCCCCAAGUAUGAGGCUGCCGGCAAAUGGGGGGUACAUCCUGUUAGAUGCGAGUGGCUUUAUGAGUGUGUCAGGAAGAAUGACAUUGUUUCGCUCGAUAACUUCCAUCCAGAAGAAGUUCCUCAAGAUCCUGAUGCAGGGUUAUGCACUGUGACACAGUAUCCUACACAAGCUGCUAAAUUGAUCUCCAUAGAUGAUUCAUCACAGUUCUCAAGUCAAUCCCAGGACUUGAAAAAGGAAAAUACCACGCGUUCUAGUAAAAGGUUAAGGUUAUCGGCAUCGAAGGGUGUAUCAGAUCAGGAUGGUCAAACACAUACGAAUUCUGCAACUGUUGAGAUUAUUAAUGAUGAUGCUAAAGAAAAUGAUCAAGGUGUUCCAGAUGUGGCUGCUGCCAUAGAGGACUUACUGGAGCAAACAAGCAAGAUUCAGGAUCUAAAAUCACCGGUUGGUACACAGUGUGAAAAGAGUAUUUUCUCUUCUGACUGUUCGAUUCUCUCUAGAGAUCAUUCAGGUUCUCACGCUGAUUUCGGGCCUUCAAGACAUUGGUUAAGCAGCCUAGGGAAGGACGUCAAAGAUACUUCUGGACAUCGUAAAACAAACAUUCAUGAUGGAUUUACCGAAACACAAGAGUCACAGUUGGUUGGUUACGAAGAAGAUCUAUCUCUGAGACAACAGAUGGUAGAGAGAGCUCGAACCAUAAGUAGUAGCCUGACUUGAAUUCCAGCAAACUGGACAUCAUCUUGUUCCUCUGAGAAGCAAUGGAGCAUCAUCUUGUAUUCUGAGCAUCCAUUAGAAUGACAUCUGACUUGAUAAAGCAGUUUUCAGUUCUACAUUAGAUGACGAAUUUUUACCGUUACAGUAGAAGACUGAAGUGCUUGUGUUGAACCUGUUUAAAGGUCUGUGACAAUUUACAGAGCAGUACUGCAGAUGAUAACAGAAACUGGACAUCAUCUUUGUUCCUCUGAUAUUUCUGUCUUCAUUCCAGAAAGUUGGGAUCAAAAGCUGCAGUUGGUAAUAACAGAUAUAGGCUGCUAAUCUGCUAUAGUUAUGCAUUUUGAUUCAGUUACUAAAAUGCAUUGCUAAUUGCAACAAAAUGCCAAUCAUUGUCAGGCAUUGUUUGAUUUUGGGGCUCUGAUGUUCUGUAGAUGGUGUAGCUAGGGUUCUUUGUACAUGUAGUUGAACUCUGGUGUAGCAUUUGCUCUGUAUGAAGUAGGAGGUUGUAUUUUGGGUGUAAUGCCAGUAGUUAAUGAUAGUUGUAUGAGUUCUUUA